CUAGUAUGGUCUGAAGGGAGAGGCUGACAGCAGAGCAAAAACAACAAACCACAUCAACUCGUUUUCUGUACAUUUUAAAACAGAAAUCAUUACAACCAUGGAAUUGUGUGAGAUACUGUACAACAAGGCGGAAUACAUUGAAACGGCGUCUGGUAACAAAGUGAGCAGGCAGUCGGUGCUGUGCGGCAGUCAGAACAUCGUCCUCAACGGCAAAACUAUAGUAAUGAAUGACUGUAUAAUCCGUGGAGACCUGGCCAAUGUCAGGGUGGGGAGGCACUGUGUUGUGAAGAGCCGGAGUGUCAUUCGGCCGCCGUUCAAAAAAUUCAGCAAAGGAGUGGCCUUCUUUCCACUGCACAUCGGAGACCAUGUGUUUAUAGAGGAGGACUGUGUGGUGAACGCUGCUCAGAUCGGAUCUUACGUUCACAUCGGGAAGAACUGUGUCAUCGGUCGACGGUGUGUGUUGAAGGAUUGCUGUAAGAUCCUAGACAACACAGUUCUUCCUCCUGAGACCGUGGUUCCUCCCUUCACCGUGUUCUCAGGAUGCCCAGGUCUGUUUUCAGGAGAGCUCCCAGAAUGCACCCAGGACCUGAUGAUUGAUGUGACCAAGAGUUACUACCAGAAAUUCCUCUCUCUCAGCCAGAUAUAACCUACCCUACCCUACAUUAACCUACCUUAACCUACCCUACCUUAACCUACCCUACCUUAACCUACUCUACCUUAACCUACCCUACCUUACCUACCCUACCUU